CUGGUAUAUAAACGAAUGCCUUGUUUUGCUCUUAUCUAAUGUAUUGCUUCUUAAAAUAGGAACAUCUCUGUAAGAACCUGCCAUGACUGUCAACCCUUUCCUCUUCCUCCUGCUCUUCCUCCCUGUGUUUCACUGUUGCCACACUGGUUCUUUCACGGACUGCCAGACGGCCCCUUUCGUUCCCGGACACAACCUGGCUGGAGAGGGUUUUGACAUUGUUAAGAUGAAGACCACUGGCGCGUUUGUGGUGGAUGUGCGGACGUUCAUGAAAGGGGGCCACGAUGGUAACUGCACUCUUUGCACUAACACCCUGAUGAACAAAACAGUCCAGAAAUUACCCCUGUCAGUACUGGACUGGCGCACCAAGGUACAAUGUCAACGGAGUCUUAGUAGCAAGAUCUACGAGUCAAGUACCUCCGUCCUGAAGGAGACCACUAAAUCUGCUAGCAUCUCAUGGAAGGUUGGCCUGGGCUUUAAAGGUAUUGCCGGGGUCCACGUUGGGGGCACCCACUCCAAGUCAGCUACGUUCGCUAAAGGACUCUCCACGAAAGACAAGUUCGCUUUCACUAGCCAUGAAUUCAAAUGCAAAUAUUACAUGUUCCGGAUUCGAAACAACCCUCAGCUUAGUGAGGAGUUUGAAUUGGCCCUCAAAAACCUCCCAAGCACACAUAGUAAGAAAAAUGACCCAGCGUUCCUAAAGUUCAUCUCCAUCUAUGGCACCCACUACAUCCGUACGGUGCACCUGGGGGGCAAGGUGCACUCCACUUCAGCCAUACGCACCUGUCAGACGGCCAUGAGUGGACUCUCAAUCCACUCUGUCAGCAACUGUCUGGGGGUGGAGGCCAGCGGCACUAUAAAAGGAGUCACGCUUAGUGCCGAGACCAGGUUCUGUAAGGAACAGAGCAAAAAACUCAAGACAGGCCAAAGCUUCUCGGCCACCUUCUCGGACCGUGUCACAGAAGUUGAGGGUGGCGACGGUGAAGUAGCUGACAUCCUCUUCAACCCUGACAAGAAGAAUGGCUACGAAACCUGGCUGAAGUCCCUGAAGAAGUCCCCUGGUGUCGUCUCCUACCAGCUCAGCUCACUGCACUUCUUGGUUACUGAGAACCCCACCCUGAAGGACAACCUGCGCAAAGCCAUCAGAGACUACAUCCAGGGGUAUGCCGUGUCCACUUCCUGCCCCUCGGCUUGCAAGAACGGAGUCCGCAACAAAGACUGCGCCUGUAAGUGCACAGGUCACAGCAACGUUGACUCCAACUGCUGUCCCAGUAAACCGGGCGUGGCGAGGAUGAACGUGACGGUGCUCCGAGCCACAGGCCUCUGGGGAGACUACUUCAGUAAAACGGACGGCUACGUCAAGGUCCUCUACGGGAACCAGGGCAGCUCCACGCCUGUGAUCUGGAACAAUGACUUCCCCUACUGGAACUACUUGAUUCAGUAUGGAACGGUGGAUCUGGCAAGUAGAGCAGUCUUACGUUUUGAGGUGUGGGACCGCGACAACAGAUGGGACGAUGACCUGCUGGGAAGUGCCUCCAUCAUUCCUCAAUUCGGCGUAAACAUUGGGAAGAGUUUCAAGUUGAAGCAUGGCACUCUUUAUGUCACCCUCUCAGUGGUUUGUGGGCCCAGCCUUAAAGGAAGCUUGUGCGAUCAGUACUCCCCCUCACCCGGUUCCCAGGGCAGGCUGAGUUACAUCCACGACUUGGAUAAAGAGAACUAGACUCUCUUCGAGGGUACACGGAACAGGACAUUCCUGUGAGCACUGCCCCUUGUGUUCUAUGAACUGACUUGAUAUUCAUAUAUAUAUUAAGACAGUUCAUGAAAUAAAAAAAUAAAAAAAUAGUU